AUGGUGGCAAACGAGACUCCUUCCUCACGGCGAUGGCAGAAUCCAGGGUUUGUUGUUGCUGGGACAUCCUACAAUGCACUUGUCAUAAUUGCAGGCAUAUACAUAGUUCGGGCAUUGAUGACUUUCAAUCUCGACAUUGGGAACGACUGUUCCACGCAACAAUUUGCGCAUCUUGAGAGUUUCCGUGCUACGAGAGCGCCUGCUGCAAAAUAUGAUCGCUUAAUGAAAAAGACAGAUGAGAGUAUCCGUGCUACGACAGAGUCUGAAACAGAGGAAGAUCGAUUCAUGCUAAAGAAGAAGACAUCUGAGAGCCCAUUACCACCUCUCUCAAAAAUUACCCAGUCAUUGACUACACAGUGUGACGAAGGCAUGAUAUAUAAGACCGACUUUAUUGCGGACAAUGUUCAUGACAAUAACCGUUGGAAUAAGAUACCGAAAAUCAUCCAUCAAACUUCAAAGUCUCGAUGCUUAACUCUUCCAUUCAACAUUUCUACAUCAAAAUGGUCGAACUGGAAUAACGACGGUUGGUCGUAUUACUUUCAUGACGAUGACGCUAUGCAGCGGAUGUUCGAAAUGAAUUAUGAUGUUUUUCCGCUGCUGAAAGAUGUGCACGAAAAUUGCCUCAUCUCUGGAACAGCAAAAGCAGAUUUAUGGAGAUAUCUCGUCCUUUGGCACUAUGGGGGGGUCUAUUCAGAUAUAGAUACGACGCCAAACAACCUUAAUCCAGACACGUUCUCUUCCCUGGCUACAGAAGAAUCUGAAUUGGAAGCUUUUUUCAUCAUCGAAGCCUUUCAUUUCCUGAGUCAGUAUUUCUUUGCGAUUGCACCGAAGCACCCACUAAUGCACCACACUAUCCUUUCGACAUUGCACAAUUUAUUAUCAGUUGACGAUACUGUUGCUUGGGAUGCAUCUAUGAUCACAGGUCCAAAGGCUCUUCAUCAGGGAUUCGUUCACUUUCUUGAUGAUGUAGGUAUUAAGCCUAGAAAUGGCACCAGAGGGUUCGGGAAGGAGUUCAGGCACAAGUACAUUAUCACCAAUGCAACUAUUGUUGGCACUGCAAACUACACAAUUGGAGCCUAUGGGAUUUCCAAAGACUCUGAUUUUUGGGUGUGGAGAUACGAUAAAGAUGUAUCUCGUCGAAGUAAAAACGGAGGCUAUGCUGAAAUGGGGAUGGAACAUUUCGGAAAGUUGAAAAAAAGACCGAGUGGGAUAUCUUGUCAGCAAGCGAUAAAGGACAGACACCACCAGGAAGUUACAACAAAAUACAUAAGGACAAAGAAGGUCGAUGGUUAG